AAUUAAUACCUGGAGGCUUCAGCUGCCUGCUAAGGAGACAGAUGGAGCUCAAGAUGGGAGGUGUUCCUUGAGACCCUAGACGUUAAAAGAUCCAGACUCCGGAUUUUGGUACUGUAUGUCCCCCGGGUUCCUGAGAGUGGAGGACACCUGUACAAGUGUGAAGCUUCCCGUCGGAGUUUCCUCGUCAAAAGUGGACAAGCCCAAUCAGGACUCUCUGUCUUGUGGUCUGGGGCCAGAGGGUCCCCCAGAAAGGAGUGCUGAAGUCCUCAUGCUGCAGCAGCUCCUGAUCACCCUGCCCACGGAGGCCAGCACCUGGGUGAAGUUGCACCAUCCAGAGAAGGCCAAGGAGGGCGUGCCCCUGUGGGAGAACGUGACUAAGAUGUUGGGAGGAGAAGCUCUGAUGGCUCAGGGUGCUGAUGAGACCCAUGGAGAAAGUUUCGAGGGUGAAAUGACCUCUGGGCCCCCAACAGCAGAAUUCCAGGAACUGUUGACCUUCAAGGACGUAUCUGUGGACUUCACCCAGGACGAGUGGGGGCAACUGGCCCCUGCUCACCGGAGUCUGUACCGGGAGGUGAUGCUGGAGAACUAUGGGAACCUGGUCUCAGUGGGAUAUCAGCUUUCCAAACCUGGUGUGAUUUCCCAGUUGGAGAAAGGAGAAGAGCCAUGGCUGAUUGAGAGAGACAUUUCAGGAGGUCCAACUUCAGACUUGGGGAGUAAAACAGAGACCAAAGAGUCAGCCUUAAAGAAUGACAUUUCAUGGGAAGAAUUACACUAUGGCCUGGUGAUGGAAAGGUCCACAAGAGGAAGCAUGUUGUAUUCUGCAUUGGGAAGAGUCUCCAAAUGUGAUAAGUUAGAAAGUCACCAGGAAAAUGAAGGAAUGGGUGAGGGGCAAAUCUCCUUGAUCCACAAGAAAACACUCACUCAGGAGAGAGACCAAGAAUCUAACAGAUUUGAGAAAAGUAUUAAUGUGAGCUCAAAAGUUAUUCCAGGACCAGUAGGUCCUCCAAGAAAAAGAGACCAUGAAUAUGACAUAUCUGGAAAGAGAAGUAGAUACAAUUUAGAUUUGAUUAAUCAUUCAAGGAGUUGUGCAAGAAGGAAAACCUUUGAAUGUAAUAUUUGUGAAAAAAUCUUCAAACAGCUCAUUCACCUUACAGAACACAUGAGAAUUCAUACUGGAGAGAAACCUUUCAGAUGUAAAGAAUGUGGAAAAGCCUUUAGCCAAAGUUCAUCCCUUAUUCCACAUCAGAGAAUCCAUACUGGUGAGAAACCCUAUGAAUGUAAGGAAUGUGGGAAAACCUUCAGACAUCCAUCAUCUCUUACUCAACAUGUUAGAAUUCAUACUGGGGAGAAGCCCUAUGAAUGUGGUGUAUGCGAGAAAGCAUUCAGCCAGAGCAUUGGGCUGAUCCAGCAUUUGAGAACUCAUGUUAGAGAGAAACCUUUCACAUGCAAAGACUGUGGAAAAGCAUUUUUCCAGAUUAGACACCUUAGGCAGCAUGAGAUUAUUCAUACUGGUGUGAAACCCUAUAUUUGUAAUGUAUGCAGUAAAACCUUCAGCCAUAGCACAUACCUAACUCAACACCAGAGAACUCAUACUGGGGAAAGACCAUAUAAAUGUAAGGAAUGUGGGAAAGCCUUUAGCCAGAGAAUACACCUUUCUAUCCAUCAGAGAGUCCACACUGGAGUGAAACCUUAUGAAUGCAAUCACUGUGGGAAAGCCUUUAGGCAUGAUUCAUCCUUUGCUAAACAUCAGAGAAUUCAUACUGGAGAAAAACCUUAUGACUGUAAUGAAUGUGGAAAAGCCUUCAGCUGCAGUUCAUCACUUAUUAGACAUUGCAAAACACAUUUAAGAAAUACUUUCAGCAAUGAUAUGUGAAAUAUGUUUAACAUCAAAGAAUCCUCAUAUUGGAGCAACAGCCUCUAAAUUAGUGGUUUUCUGACUUUUGGAUUUCAAGAACCAAUAACUUUUGUUUAAUGGUUUGACCCAAUGUUAUGACUAUUAGUUUUCUCAUAUUAAAAAAACCCACCUAUUGUCAGUAUUGUUUAAGAAAAGAAAGAGC